AUGUAUGAGCACGAUAUCCUACUGAGCGAGAUCGCCGAACCAGAGGACUACGUCUCUGUAGGCGCUACAGAAGAAAGCAACGAUGAUGGCAUUGAAAGCUUUGCCGGCACCGACUUUGUUGACGAACUCUAUACGAACGGCGGCGAACUCGAUGAGCAUGGCGUCAGCGUGCCUGUUGAGGUUCAGGCCACGAAUAAAGAUGACUUCAAGGUUGAUCAUUCGAAGGGAAGCUUUAAGAUGAAACCCGAGAACUUCAUAUCACGAACGAGCGCGCCCGAUUUCGAUGCAGCCCAGGCACUCGAGAUGUUUCAGCGAAGAUACACGAUAGACUACGGAAGGAAGGCAUCCGGGUCCAGAGCUGCGAACCCUGAAGACAGAUACUUCCCUAUCUUUCACCUGGACAUGGUAGGCAUCGUUGGCCGGCCUCUUUGUCCGAUCACGAGAAGGAGCGGGUUCUUCGACAACGUCACGUUUACUCUGAGAUACUGGCACUCAUCGUACGCUGGCAAACACUUGACGGCCAACCUGCCCUUCGACAUUCGCAACCGGACUUUUCGAAUUGCGACUGCAGCAUCUCGCGAGGUUUGGUUCAUCGUGAUGCAUCCAAUGGAGAGCCAGAUGGAUGACUUGUCUGGGUCGCACGGCCAGCGUCGGCAACGGCAGAAGGCCUCCCGUCAAAGCAGCGCCUUCGAGCGACACCAUUCCAAGACACUUGCCGAAUACAUCGUCGAGGUCUUCACGGAUAGUGAACUCUUGGGCGAAGGGGUUGAGCCCUCAUGGGGCUUGAACGACCGGCGUACAUCAAUUCUGUCGUAUGACAAGUGGACAACCUUCCAGACACUCUUCAUGGCGAACUGGAAGACGUUUUCCGAAAAUCACUCCUAUGACCGCUUCUGGGUUGACAACGAGCCUGCUUUCCACACAUAUGACUGUGGGGCCAAUAUUGAGAUUGAAGUCAACGAGGAGCUCAAAGACCUACCGAUGGAGACACGCCUACGGUCGGAGAGCGAAGACGAGAAUGAUUCUGACUCGGACUCUGAUCCUGACUCCGAGAUUGAGCCUGAGCCUGAACCUGAGCCAGAGCCGGAACUUGCUUCUGAACUCGACCCUGGUGAACCUGGGUCUGAGACUGAGUCCGAGCAUAGUUCUGAGCUUGAAGCAAGUGGUUUAGAUGCUGUGGAUGAUCAUGAGAACAGUCAUGGUGACCACAGAGGUGGCACAGUCAGUGGGGGCGAAGCGCCUACCGAGGGUAACCCAGCAGGCCCCGAGAACAGCCACAACAUCUACCAAGAGCACCUGUAUAGUGGCGGACUUGAACAUCUCCGUACCGAACUGGAGAAGAAGUACAACAUCGACAACAUCGACCAGAUCUCCUAUGCCUUAGCGGCGGAUGUCAACUGUAUCGAGCGUACCUCCUCGAACCGAAGCUCGUUUCAGCAAGGUGAUGUCGAUAACGGAACACUGUCACUCCUAGCAGACCGAUGUGCACUUGUUCGGCAUUUUGGUGGGUUGAAAGGUUUCACUUUUUAUCCACUCGCAUUCCAUCCCAGAUAUGGGAACUUUUCCUCACCACAUCCACCACCUUUCCUCAACGAUAUAUGCCUUGUUAUGCGCCACAACAUGAGCUACCGCAAUAACGGUGCUGAAGACGUCCUCUCUUUCGGCUACUUCCAUGCCUACUCCAACAUCAAGCGGACGAUUCGACACAGCCCAGAAGACCUGCUUCCUGCUCGGGGCAUAGCCACCGGUGCUCUGACUCUUCCCCCGAGCGAGGCGAAACAGCGAGGUUACAUCUCCGCCCGUCAACAGCGACUGCUGCGAACUCUUGCUGGCGAGCAGACGCCUGACCAGCCAUCCCUGACCAUGCCAUUCGCGCGCGAGGGCCAUCGCAUAAGAGCAGCCAUGUCGCAAGAGCAGGUGGCCUUCCGUAUGGAGCAGGUUGUAACCGUCCGACCAAGCAAGCUUGAGCGUGGCCAUCGACACUUCUUCAGUGUUCUCCAUCCCAUCUUCCAGCUUAUGCGAUUCUUUCUCAAGGAGAAGCGGGCAUACAACACUGUGCUGAGGAGCUUUCUGCCAUCCGUCUUCCCCACCAUCCUCUGUUCCUUUGCUAAACUGUUUGAGCUUGGACUGGCGGAGAUGCAUCGGAGGUUCCUGGCACGGGCUGAAAAGGGUCUUGACCUGGCUCUUUCGGAAGCUGUCGCGGUGCUGGAUCGGCUGGGGAACUACUGCUUCACCGGUGACACGAGAGUGCUGAUGACCACCGUCUUCCGGCCGCUUCUUACUACGGAGAGCCUCAAGUCAUGUGCCUGGCCGUACGUGUCGGCUACCAUGCUCGACUUUCGCGGUUCGAGCGGCAAGCUGGAUAUCGUUCGGUGGCCCCGGACGAAGGAUGAAGAGCACAAACCGAUAUUGCUACACAUCGCGUCACUAGAGUACCACUACGGCCGGGUCGUCGCAGCCAACUGCCACAGCCGGGUAUGGUUCGGCCAGCUCGGGGCGGAGGACAUCAGACAUGUCGGAAGUGCCAUCAAGUUUCUGGGCAAGGUUAUCCGCGGAUUCUGGGUACCACAGAUGGUAGCUUUCAUGACACAUCAGCUCCGCAUCCACUUCAACCAAGGCGCCCGUAGCGGCCGAGACCCGGCAGAGCAUAUUCGACGAUCGGAGCGUUUCGGUACCGUCUUAGACGCAUGGGAGCAGAGCGAAAAGCCCUUCAGCAGCAGGCAAUUCGACAAGCUGUUCUCGGGAACGGCAGACGAUAUCGAACCUAUGCCUCUGCCUCCCCCCUCCAGGUCAAAUAAGGCACGAAGCGACUUUGCGAGCGAGAUAUACGAGGCGUGCCUGAAAGGCGAUGAGACCGCCAUACAAGCCAUAGCAUCUAAGAAUGCCACAUGGCCAUCCAUGCUCGGCGAAGCUAUACGCCAUACAAGAGAGGAGAGUGUGACGGCCCGCGAGUGGGUUGAUGCGAUCGCAAACCAGAUGGCAGAGGCUGGCAUAGAUUGGGUUCCUGGGUACUACUGCAAACGGCUGACGUCACGACGUAUCAUCCAGCUCGAGAGAGUCCAGCUUUCCGAGCGACCAGCAGUCGUGUUAACCGGACCACCGGAUAGUCUCAAGCGAGCAGCAAUGGAGGCAGAGCUGCGUAUGGCGGCAGGCGGAGAGCCCGCGGCAAAGCGGAGCAGGAAGAGAAAGAUCAAUAUAGGUUGUGAGGUACCCAUCACAAAGGUGCCCCAGAUGAUCCUAGAAGGGUUCGGUAAGCUGGAGAAGAACUACGACAAGACAGAUCCGAUGGCGGUCCGACACAUCAACCGUGCCAGGAGCUGUUUGGCUGAAUGCUUGGGUGAUCCGCUGUGCGACAUGAUGCUUCUGCUGGCUCUGACGUUCGGUGCUUGCACGGUGACGCCGCAUAUCGACGAGAUGGGAGCUGAAUUCCACCCGGCUGCGAAGCGAAAAGACUCCGACAUGCUGGCGGCAACCAUGGUCAUACGAAUGCUCUGGUUCAUGAGGAGGGAAGAGUUUCCAUGGGACGAUACUGGAGGGAAAAUGUUGUCGGUCGGGAAGAUGACCCAAAAGAUUGAAAACAGAGGUUUUAACAACCGCGGGCUACUCAAGCUCGGAUGGGUUGAACAUAAUUCGACGACUGGUACCCGUCGUCGGACGCCGCGGACAACAGAGCUAAAGCUCAAGUCGGUGGAGGAGCUCUACGAUGACCGUAAGCGUCUAGUCUCGGCCAUGAAGAACGCCGAGAAAUUCAUAUCUAUUGUGUUUGGAAGUGAUAAUAAAAUAUGGGUAGCUAGGUGUUCUUCAAUUAUUCAAGAUAGAUGA